CGGGGGCACCGGCGGGGGGGGACCGGGGGCACCCCAUGGACAGGGGCACCCGGGGGGACGGUCCCCGUGGACAGUGCCAGUGGUUGGCACAGAGGUGACAGUGGCGGGUGGCACAGAGGCAAUGGCAGCGAAUGACACAGGGGUACUGUCACCCCCACCAGUGUCGCCCCUCUGUCACCCCGGGGGGACACAGCAGCCAGGGUCACCCCCCGGGCCGGGCUUUCCCCUGCUCUCAUUUUCGGGGGUCCCUCCCCUCUGAAGCCCCCUGUGGCACCCUGUGCCCAUUCCCGGUCAUGUCUUGGGGACGUGCCACCAGUCCCCAUCCUAGGGGGACAACAAAUGCACCUACCUUAGGGGUGGAGGGAGCUCGGGGAGAGGAGCCAGGUGAGGGGACACAGUGGUGGCCUUGCGGUGUCCCCAGUGGGGAUGUGGGUUGGUCUGGGGACACUGUGGUGGCUGUGGGGUGUCACCGCUGGGAGCAUUGGGCAAUGCUGGGGACACUGGUGGCUGUGGGGUGUCACCUCUGGACUCGGGGCCUCGGUGGUGGCCCUGGGACGCUAGUGGGGACCUGUCCGGUGGCCGGGGCGCGGUGGCCGCGUGGCUGUGCCCGGGGCCGGUGGCCGUGGCUGUUUCCUGCCAUUAAUCACCGCUAAUUGGCUUUGCCCUGGCGGGCUCAUGGCGGGGGGAGCUUGGGGGGGUCACGGGGGGUGUAAGAGGAUUUCCCUGCUCCUUCCUCCGGCUCGGCCAUCCCGGGGUCCCGCUCCCUGCCCGCCCGCUGCCCACCCGGCCCCGGCCCCAUGCCACGCUCCCGCGGGGACAAGGGGACCCCCAAGGACAACAAGGACACGGAGCCCCCGCAGAAGGGGAAAGGGGGGCACGAGGAGGGGGACAAAGCCCCCGAGGAAAUCGGUGCCCCGGCCCCCAAGAAUUCCGGCUCCGAGUCCCGGCACAGCGGGCACGGGCAGAAGAGUGGGAAGAAGAGUCCCGUGGACCCCUACGCUGCUGCCACCAAGACCUACUCCCCCUUCCUCAACACCGUCUUUGGCAAGGAGCGGGAGCUGUCACCGGAGGAGCUGGAUGAGCUGCUGGACGCCUUCAAGGAAUUUGACACGGACCAGGAUGGCUACAUCAGCUACAAGGACCUGGGCCCCUGCAUGCGCACGCUGGGGUACAUGCCCACCGAGAUGGAGCUCAUCGAGAUCUCCCAGCACAUCAAGAUGAGGAUGGGCGGCCGCGUGGACUUCGAGGACUUUGUGCAGAUGAUGGGCCCGAAGCUGCGGGAGGAGACGGCGCACAUGGUGGGCGUGAGGGAGCUCAAGAUCGCCUUCCGCGAGUUCGACAUGAACGGGGACGGGGAGAUCAGCACGGCCGAGAUGCGUGAGGCCAUCGCGGCGCUGCUCGGGGAGCAGCUGAAGGCGCAGGAGGUAGACGAGAUCCUGCAGGAUGUGGAUCUCAAUGGGGACGGCCACGUGGACUUCGACGAGUUCGUAAUGAUGCUAUCGUCCCGGUAACGGAGACAUCGGGGAGGAGGGGACCCCCGGAUGAACCCCCAGCCCCUCCUCAGCCCCUCCCUGCCCGGCCAACCGCCCCGAGAGCUCUGCCAACAUCGGGGUUCCGAGGGAACAGCUGGAGCGGAGCAUCUGGCAAUGGGGCAGACGCGACAGCCCCGACCCCAAGAGCCACCGGCUGUGGCGGCAGAGCCAGCGAGGCCGGGGCCCCAAUAAACCCCUUUG